UUGGAGCUUCAGAUCAGAUGAUCUUACUAAGCAAAGUGAAUGGUGGAUUGAUUUUAUGAAUGAUGAUUGGAAGGACAUUGCUGAUAACCAAGCUUCUACUGAAAUCCAACAGUAUGCUGCUUGAUUCUGCCAUAUUUGGUUGGACCACCUGCGCAAUUAUCUAUCUCAGUUCACCAGUCAGCUACCCAACAAACAGUUUCGACUCAAUCUGGACAACCUUUGGCAGCUGCGGCAUCCUCACCAAGUACCGGCUCCAAUACUGCCAAGCCACGCAUGAGAUGGACUCCUGAGCUUCACGAGCGCAUUGUGGAUGCUGUCAAUCAACUCGGUGGUAGUGAAACAACUCCUAUGGGUGUGCUGAAGCUAAUGAAGGCAGAUAAUUUAACCAUUUAUCAUGUAAAAAGUCAUCUCCAGAAAUACAGAACAACCCGAUACAGACCAGAAUUAUCUGAAGAAAAGAAGGUGGCAUCAAAAGAUGAGAUACCAUCUAUUGACCUGAAAGGCUCUCUCUGUGGCAACUGCAGAGAAUCCCGAUCAAGAAAAAAGCAGCAGAUCCAUGGAUCUUAGUUUCCUCUCAGACUCACUCAGAGUAGUGUGAGUCCACCAUGGAUACCUUGAUCAGCAUCGUCGCCAUCACUCUCCUCGUACUCCUGCCCCUGCUGACGCUGGCGCAAGCCGUUGGACGUGGGACUCGCCGAAACCCGCCGCCCCCGCCAGGGCCCAUCGCUCUCCCCGUCGUCGGCCACCUGCACCUCUUCAAGAAGCCCCUUCACCGCACCCUCGCGAGCCUCGCCGCCCGCCACGGCGCCGUCUUCAGGCUCCGGUUCGGCUCCCGCCGCGUCGUCGUCGUGUCCUCCGCCCCCGCCGCCGAGGAGUGCCUCGGCGCGCGCGAUGUCGCGUUCGCCAACCGGCCGCGGCUGCCGUCCGGCAGGAUCCUCUCCUACGACUGGACCACCAUGGGCACCGCCAACUACGGGCCCUACUGGCGCCACGUCCGCCGCAUCGCCGUCACCGAGAUCCUCUCCGCGCUCCGAGUGCAGCAGUUCGCCGACGUCCACGCGCGCGAGGCGCGGUCCAUGGCGCGGCACCUCUACCGCACGGCCCGCGGAGCCCCAGGGGGCCGCGCGCGGGUGGAGCUCAAGUCGCGGCUGUUCGAGCUCCUCAUGAACGCCAUGAUGGGCAUGAUGUGCGCGAGGACAUACUACAUCGCCGCCGAUGGGGAGGAGGAGACAACGGAGGUGAGCGAGGAGGCCCGGUGGUUCAGGGCGAUGGUGGAGGAGACGAUGGCGCUGAGCGGCGCGUCGACGGUGUGGGACUUCUUGCCAGCGCCGGUGCGGUGGCUGGACAUGGGUGGGGUGGGGCGGCGGCUGUGGCAGCUGCGGGAGAGCCGGACGAGGUUCUUGCAGGGCCUGAUCGAGGAUCAGAGGAAGGAGAUGGAGAAGGGCGCGCCGGAGAGGAGGACCAUGAUAGGGAUGCUGCUGGCGCUGCAGAAAAAGGAUCCCGAGGCCUGCCCGGACCAGCUCAUCCGCUCUUUGUGCAUCAGCUCCCUUGAAGCUGGAACAACUACUUCAGCUGAUACAAUUGAGUGGGCGAUGUCCCUCUUGCUAAACAACCCUAAUUUGAUGACGAGAGCUCGGGAUGAGAUUGAUGCAUGCAUAGGGCAACCAGCACGCCUAAUAGAAGCGACCGAUCUCCCAAAGCUGCAAUACCUUCGGUGCAUCAUCAUGGAGACAUUUCGUCUAUAUCCGCCAGCACCUCUUCUUGUUCCUCAUGAAUCCUCUACUGACUGCACUGUCAAUGGGUUUCAUAUUCCCAAGGAGACGAUUCUUCUUGUAAAUACAUUUGUGAUUCACAGGGAUCCUGAGCUAUGGGAUAAUCCAACAAAAUUCAUUCCAGAAAGAUUUGAGGAUGACAAGAGCGAAGGUAAGAUGUUCAUCCCAUUUGGUAUGGGCAGACGACGAUGCCCAGCAGAGAACUUGGGCAUGCAGAUGGUAGGUCUUGCUCUUGGGACUAUGAUCCAGUGCUUCGACUGGGAAAGAGUGGAAGAGAAGCUUGUGGACAUGACAGAGGGCUCUGGCCUAACUAUGCCAAAGGAGGUGCCUUUGGAUGCCUUCUAUCAACCCCGCACUUCUGCGAUUAAUCUUCUUUCGGAGAUAUAGUACUGUUGUGGAACACAUUGUUCUUUUUGUUUAGCUUUGUGUUCUAAGGUCAUCGCAUGUCAAAUAGAUGUGGGUAUGUGCAUCUCAGUAAUGUGAAAUAAAUUUUUCAUCCAAGUAAUGCCUCCAAGAAUCCACUGCAAAACAGAAUGGAACUAGUCCUGAAAAUGUUUCAUCGUAACAUAUAUUAUAUUGAACACAAGGUUCCAAUGU